AUGGAACCUCAGAGUCCUUGGCUCCUGGUGAUUCUCUUUAUCCUAGGCCUGUGCACCGUGGCUGGAGGGGAAAAGCCAUCUGCAUGCCAGUGUUCAAGGCUGUCCCCAAAGAGCAGAAAGAAUUGUGGUUACCCAGGAAUUUCUAGUGAAGAAUGCUUUGCUUCUGGAUGUUGUUUUGAUACUCAGGUCCCUGGAGUUCCCUGGUGUUUCACUCCUCUGCCAAAGGAAGCAUCUGAAGAGUGUGUCAUGGAAGUAAAGGAAAGAGUCAAUUGUGGGUAUCCAGGAAUUUCCUCAGAGACAUGCAAAGCACGUUCAUGCUGCUUUGAUGACCAGAUCCCUGAAGUACCCUGGUGCUUCUAUCCUCUUUCUGUAGAAGAAAAUGAACCAACACCUGAUAAGGCAGAGGAACCUAUGGGUGUCCAGGAGAAUGUGGAACUACAGCAAGAUAUUUCUGAAUCAUUUAAAAAAGAAUCAAAUAUUGUGAAAGCAGAAUUUGUGACUGCACAGCAGUAA